GUACUGUUAUGUUCUGACUGUAGAGUGGGUAGAGCUAAGGCUGGUUCCCUGGAGGUAACAACCCUCCCUGAACCAGGUUCCAUCCUACUAGAACAAUGGACUGUAUCCGUCCUACCCCACUCUGCCCUCCCUGGGACGGAUUCCCUGUCCCUUCUCCAGGCGGUCAGAUCCUACCUUCACUUCUCUCAACUCUCUGCCUGGUACAGUAAGACCGGAGGAACCAGUCCUAGUAAUAUUCUCAUCAGAAUUACUAUCCCGGGUCAGGAGUUUGCUACUAAGUUCACUAGGGCUCCUGAAGAGCAUUACUUCCCGGUGGCAAGCGUCGGAUAUAAAUCUUCAGUUGCCGUCUCGGUUCGUUCUUUGCCCCGAACUGAUGACAUCCCGCUGGUGGUCUGUUCUCAUACUCUGGUCGGAAAUGAGGAGAAGAAAGAAGAGGAGAAACUUACUAUUGCAGGAUCAUUAUCUUGGAGAGAUCCAAGCGAUCUCCGGAGAUCUCUGGUUCGGGCAAAGUUAGCUGCAACAGAAUCUGCUCCAGGUGACAUCGGGUGCUCUGGUAGGUUGAUAAAAUCCGACAGUAUGGAUAGUAUCCUUGGAGACAGCCUCCUGGAUCCUCCACAGAGUCUCAGUAAGAUGGCACCCAGGAGAUAUCAGUCUCCAUCUAGAUGUGGAUCUCCUAGCCUGGAGGCUCCAGAUCAUCUCCUAGGAGGUCGGAGGGAGACCAAAGAUAUGAGAGGAAUCCUACCGACUUAUGAGCAAACAAUGGCUACUAGAUCAGGGGAGGAUUCACCAGACUUCAGAUUGGAUCGACAUGAUCUUAUGCGACGACGAGACAUGAACCUGUUCCUGGGUCUUCAUCCUAAACUUCUUCACGCUCCUCCCCGUCUUUCCUUACCACCUAACACACCUAGACCAUCCCAUUCUAUUCCAUGCAGAGCUGUUACCCCAUCUACAGCGAUUCCAUGCAGUGGUGCUCCCUGUCUGAAGCCUCAACCUAUGUCAGACCGACUUCCAAACCAUUGCAAUAUCUCUGGAAAGCAUAUCUGUGAGUACGAUGAGGUUGAUGAAGGAGCUAGAUCUCUUGAUGCAGGUUCCUCCUGUUCUCCUACAGGAGAUAAUUACAAACAGUCCGAGCUAGGUGCUAAACAGAAGGGUUGGAGCUCUAGACUAGGCCGAACCUCAACUCCAUACAGUAGAGAUAGCUCCAGCGAUUCAUCACAGGCUGAGCUAAGACUGAAACCUAAGACUGUGCUCUGUGCAAAAAAGAGUGAUGAUUCUAACAUCAGUUCCUCCGAAAUGGAAGAUGUUUUGUUCAAUUUAAAAUCCAGGAGUUCUCCUUCAUGUUCUAAAGACCAGGGACGGUCCUCCUUGAAAGAUGACUGUCUGGAGGAUAUCCUCUAUCCAACAAAAUCUCGUCGUUCUUCCAUUGAGGAUCUUGUAGAUCCGUCGGAGAUUAAGAUUUCUCCGCAGAUAACUCAAGUUUGGAGAGCUGAGGUUUGCAGGAGUCCUUCUUUAGAUUCUUCAUGGUCCGUUAGAUCUGCACUUCAUGGGGAAGAUCCAAAAGAGGAUGAAGGACUUACAGAGCAUGUACAAAAUGACGUUCUUUUAGGGGCAUUACAGGAAGAAAGCCAAGAACUGGCUUGUGUCCCCGCUAUUCAUUCAGUUAGACAAACCAAUACUUAUAGUUCAAGUAGUAGUGAGGUUUCUCCCCUCACCCCCGACACUUCUUUAGUUCAGGAUCUAGGCAAAUCAUCCAACCUGGAGAAACCGAACCUGUCUCCGGGCCCUGAUUACAACGUGGUUGAUCUUUGCCAGGAGUUGGAGAAGAAAUGUUUAAUUAGUCGACAUAAUGGGGACAAGGAGAAUAUUCCCAGCGAGAUAACCAAUGUAAACGGAACCAACGGAUUGACCGGUAUGAUCGGAGCAAGGUUGAGAAGCUAUUCUGAGGCCUCAAGCCCCUUCAAAUUUAUUAACUAUGGAAUCCAAACUUUGGAACCCCUUGAUAUGUCAUUUGAGGAUUUCUAUGAUAAUUUAUCUUUUUCUGUUGAAAGCGUAGAUACGGAACCAAAAUCAAAAUCUGAAAAACGACGCAAUUCAAUCGAAGAUGACACAAUUCCAUCUGCAAAUAAGAAAGCUGCGUUUCGAAAGUCGUUCGACUCGGCAACUUCAAUGGUGUUUCACAGCAGGAACGGGCUUCCACUCACCUCUUCGCCGGCUCCAAUGCGACGAGGAAUAAAAUUUGAUUUUGAUUCGGGGAUAUCAACGCCGAAAGAUAUUAAACGCGCGUUGUUUGAGAGUCAAAGUCCCGAGGAUUCUUCAUUCUGCGGAUCAACGAAGAAAAAGAAGCCUGAUCCCCGCCGAUUGUUAUCUACCUCGGCCCCGGCCACCGUCACCGGAAACAACCUACUCGGAAACUUUGAAGAAUCUGUGUUGAACGGCCGGCUGGAACCUGUUUCUACCGUAGAGGGAUUUACAGCGGAGAUUGGAGCUUCUGGAACCUUCCAUCCCAGGCAUCUUACCUUCCCUGUUACUGUAUUCUUCUACACACUCUGUGAGAACUCUAAUAUUGCCUCACCAUAUUUGGGACACAUCAACCUGGGUAAGAAGGGAUACCGUGUCCCUGAGAAGGGAACUAUACAGCUCACCCUGUUCAACCCCCUGGGCACCGUGGUAAAGAUGUUCGUCGUGAUGUACGAUCUCAGCGAUAUGCCGCCCAACAGCCAGACGUUCCUACGACAACGGACGUUGUAUAUGCCGGCCGGUCAGUCUGAUACACACGAGGAUGCCAGGAAAUGGUUGAGAUAUCUUAUUCAUCUAAGGUUGACGAGCUCCAGGUCUGGUAAGAUCUACCUGCACACUGAUGUUAGGAUGAUUAUAUUCCGUAAAUCUGAUCUUGACACAGCUUCAGAUCAUCAACAGGGGAAGGGAUUCGAACUCAGGUCAUUUACCCGCGGACCCUCUAACCCCAAGUUUUCUCCUCGAAAAUAAACAUGGAAUUGGCAUUAUUCACAAAACAGACAAUUUACAACCAUUUUCAACCAAGGACAAACAAAAAUCCUCCAGGCUGAUUUAGAACACUGGACACUAGAGUGAUCUUUCAAAUAUCUUUAGUCAUAUAAAUUAUAUAUUAUACAUAUAUGUAUUUUUCUAUUUUAAAUCCAAAACUAGGCUUUUGGAUUAACAAGUCUUUCAUUAUUGAACGCAUUAUUGAACUGCUUGGGUUUGUUAUGACCCUUUAGAAAAUCAAAAUAAUUGCAGUACGCUUUAAUUGAAGGGUUUAUUAUUUUAUUUGUUCGCUCUUUAUGUUAUAUUAUUUUUUAUCAUUAAUUGUUUGCAAAAUUGUUACAUAAAUUUCUGUUUUAUUUUUUAUUCUUUGAUCAUUGUCGAAUCUUGGCUAAAAUUUUCUAAGAACCCUUAUAUAUAUAUUCUAUAGUAAAAUUAAAUUUACAGAAAAAAUUUUAUGAUAAAUGUA